AUGAACAGCUCAGAAACAGAGGUGGUUCCUGAUGAUUAUUUUGUAUGGAUUUGGUUUUGGAUAAACUCUUCUGCUUACUUAUGUCUAACUGAUAUUAUUCUUUCUUUUAUCGGAAUUUUUCCAUGUCUUUUUCACUUCUUUGUUCUCACAAAAAAACGUUGCGGCAUUUAACAACUAACAUAUUUCUGAUGGGAAUCACGGUGUGUGGGAUUGUUCGAAUGACUCAUAAUAUUAUAAACAAUUAUGUUAUUUUAUACGCCUACUUUAUUCCGUCCCAAAUUCCCUCUGAGUGUAUACCACCUGACUCCUAUUUUAAAACAUCUCUGAUUCAUUAUUCGUUUCGAACAAAUGCAACUGCCUCUGGGAUGCUAAUAUAUUUCACUGUUGCGAUGGCGAUUAUCAGGACCCUUGUAGUUAAAUUUCCACUGGCGCAACGCACAAGACGCCUCAUCUACUCAAAAAUUGGCAUAAAAAUCCUUCUAACCAUUAUAGUUCUCAUUUUGCCCUUCUCAUUGAUUCAACUCUCUCGAUCAGAAAUUAUUCCAGCAGGAGUCUGGGCUCCCGCUUCAAAUUGCGAUGGAUUUCCUGAAAACUACACCGAAAAAUUUUUCCAAUUUGUGGAAACUGGCAUACUUAGUGACGCCGAGUUUUAUUGGAUCAACGUUUACACAGAAUCCGUCAUUUUUGAAAUUAUUCCGUCGAUAUCAAUCCCUCUUACAACUAUUUUGUUAAUUUCGGAGUUAAGAAAAAGCAGGAACAUGACGAGUAAACAUCAGGAAAAUAGAUCUACAAAACUUGUGACAUGGAUGACGAUAUUUUUCACAUUGGCAAAUGCACCUUAUGGUUUGGCAUAUAGCAUCUCUUUUUGGUUUUCAAAUUACAUAACAAUGCUAAUGGCACAAAUAACAAUGCUCGCGUCUAUUCUAUCAACUCUCAAUAGUGCUUCCCAUGGAGUUGUAUGCUACUUCAUGUCUAUACAGUACAAGAAUACUGCAAGAGGAAUUCUAAGAAAAAAGAGUGAUAGUUCGAAAUUGGUAGUAAUAAGUAAUUGA